CCAUUCCACUUCCACUCCAUAUUUUGCACCUCAUUUGGCUUUUUUUUUUAAAAAAAUCUGCUUUUUAGUAGUGUUCCACCAUUCCCCCGGUUGUCCUGUCCGAAUCGGAGGCCUGUCUCUCUCUCAACUGAUCAGGAAUCCUCUUUCCUGUGACCUCUCCUCCGCCUGACCUUUACCUUGUAGUUAUUUUCUUUGAAGAUCCACUUGCUACCUUUGUUUUGAGGAGUGUUCCAGCAUUAAAAGUAACUUUUUUAGUUUGUUCUUUGCCUACUGCCGCUCCAAAAUUUGUUUUUGUACGAGUCACCCUCGCUGUUAACAGCUGUAUUCAUUUGUUCUCCAUUUUUUCUGAAGUGGGAUCCGUGGAGAAUAGGGAGGAUAGAGGCAAGUAGUGGAGGCGGGAGAGAGGGAGGAGAGGGAUCAAAGAUCUGGGCUUUGUCUGAAGAUCUAAGCUUUUUUCCGAAGGCAUUUGCUCUCUAGGGCAAUGAGGUCGGACGCUCUGCUAGAUUCGGCGGUCUUCCAGCUCACGCCUACUCGGACCAGGUGUGAUUUGGUCGUCAUAGCAAAUGGUAAAACGGAGAAACUUGCAUCUGGCUUGUUGACUCCUUUUCUUCCUCAUUUGAAGACUGCCCAGGAUCAGAUCGCCAAAGGUGGUUACUCCAUAGUCCUUGAGCCAGAUCCAGAUAAUGAUGCUGCAUGGUUCACCAAAGGAACUGUGGAGAGAUUUGUUCGUUUUGUGAGCACACCUGAGGUCCUAGAGCGGGUGACUACCAUUGAAAAAGAGAUCUUACAGAUUGAGAAUGCAAUUGCUAUUCAAGGAAAUGAAAAUGCUGGCUUAAGCACGGUAGAAGAUCAUCAAAGCAAACCAGCAGAAACUUUUGAAGUUACCAAGACUUCAGUCGAUAGUGAUGCUGGAAAGGCAAUUGUUCUAUAUAAGCCUGGCUCACAACCUGACCCACCUGAUUCUAAUGGAUCUGCCAAGCCUCAGGAAAAUUCAAAAGUUCAUCUUUUGAAAGUUCUUGAGACUCGGAAAAUGGUAUUGCGCAAAGAACAAGGCAUGGCCUUUGCACGUGCUGCAGCUGCUGGUUUUGACAUGGACACGCUGCUAGAUUUGAUCUCUUUCUCUGAAAAUUUUGGUGCCUCACGUCUAAAGGAAGCCUGCGUAUCCUUUAUGGAUUUAUGGAAGAAAAAGCAUGAGACUGGACAAUGGCUUGAAGUCGAGGCUGUAGAAACAAUGUCAAUGCGGUCUGAAUUUUCUGCUUUGAAUGCCUCAGGCAUUAUAUUUACUGCAGAUGUUAUGGCUCAGAAAGAUCAUGGGGAUUCACAAUCUGUGUAUGCUGGUGAUAUGGUUGCUGAUAGCAAUGGAAAAUCUGAUAAGAAGAUCCCUUCAGAAUCAAAAGUACCACCUCACCCGGAGUAUUUUCAAGGUCAAUUUCAGCCUCCCACUUAUCCACAGUGGCCUAUGCAUACUCCACCAGGUCCUCCUCCUAUGUUUCAACCAUAUCCCAUGCAGGGAAUUCCCUAUUACCAGAACUUUCCAGGAAGUGCUCCGUAUUUUCAUCCUCCUUAUCCUCCAGUGGAGGAUCCUCGAUAUAACAGUUCUCGCAGAAAGGGUUCAAAAAGGCAAUCAAUGGAUAGUAAAGAUAUUGAAUCCGAGGCUUGGGAUAGGAGCUCACAAUCACAGGACGAUACAGAUGGAAAUCCAUCAGAUCUUGAGAACGAAAGUUCUCAUGGGCAUAAAUCUCAUAAAAAAAGUGGUCGUUCGGGAAAGAAGAAGUCUGGUGUUGUUGUUAUUCGCAACUUAAAUUAUAUUGCAUCCCAGAAGCAUGGAGCUAAGAAUUCUGAAGGUGACCAACAGUCUGCUUCUGGAUCUGAAUCAGAAGAAGAAAGUGAAGAUGCACAUCCUGAAGUACGAGAAAGCAAGCACAAACACUCCAAGCGAAUUUCAAAAAAAGAUCAUGGAACAAAACCUGUUGAAUAUUCAGAUGCAUAUGGCAACGAUAAAGGUUUAUUUGGAGAGGAGGCAGAUUCUGGAAAUUGGCAAGCAUUUCAAAGUUUCUUACUAAAUGCUGAAGAAAAAUCAAGAAGAGCUGAUAAAGACAUGUUUGCAGGAGAAAAAGAUCCUCCAUCAAAAAAAAAACAAAGCAAACUUGAAGCUGAUCCCAUUGUCCCUUUUGAACGAGAUUACGAUGAAUUCAAUGACCACAAGAUACUAGGAAUUGAUUCUAUUAAUGGGAAGGCAAGACGAAUGAAGCAGGCAACUUCUGAUGAUCACUUGUUAGUUUCAAGCUACGGAAGAGAUGCAAUAGAUAACCAGUUCAAAGAGAUAGAAGGCUCAGGCGGAGCAUAUCGGCAGAGGAGUAGUGAAGAGUUCAUGAUUUAUGGGGAAGACAAGCAAUUGAGUGUUAUGAGGUCUUCUGAUCCACUCAUUGAUCCUACCAAUGAGCGAAUUGAUAAUGCACUGAAGAACUCUUCAUACACUAUGACAGAUGAGUCCUUCUUGAUCCCUUAUAGGUCAGACUUGCCAGAAGUUGGAUCAGGCAACAUAGCUAUUAUUGGGAUGGAUUCUGAGAUCCCCACAACUCAUGAGGAGCCUCAAGACUCUAAUGAUAAUGCUAAAACCCAACUUUUUUAUGAACCAGAUGAGUUGUCUAUGGUUCCUGAUCGUGCAAUGGAAAGUUUAUCUAUAGGAUAUGAUCCAGUUAUGGAUUAUGAUUUUGAGCUUCCUGUUGAGAACACCAUCAAAGUGAUAGCUAGUCACGAAGAAGACCUCUCUACAAACACAAAAGAGGAACCAAAGAAAUCAGACAAGGAGAAAAACUUGAAAGCAUCAAAUGACAGCUUGGAGAAAAGGAGGGAUGUACUGGCAAAAAAGGGUGCAUCCUCAAAGCUUAGUUUGUUGACAGAAGCUCAAAAACGAGCAGAGAAGCUGCGAUCUUAUAAAGGUGAUCUCCAGAAAAUGAAGAAAGAAAGGGAAGAGGAAGAAAGAAAGCGUCUGGAUGCAUUGAAAAGAGAGAGGGAAAAGAGGAUAGCUGCAAGAAGUGGGUCCACUACCACCCAGCCAAAAUCCCAUUUGGCUGCAAAACCUUCACCAAGUCCUCUCAAAGGAUCAAAGUUUAGUGAUGCAGAGCCUGCUUCUUCACCCUUAAGGAAAUUGGCACCCCAAACCUCUUCAAAUGGUUUCAGUGAUCUCCAGAAAGCUACCAAAUCUAGCAGAUUAAAUGGAAGUAACAAUGGCUUGACUCGAUCAACAUCAGCUUUGCCUGAGGUUAAAAAAGAAAGUAGUGGGUGCAUUUCAGAAGCAAAGACAGAGUCUCUCCGUAUGAAACGACUCUCAGAUCCGAAAAGCAGUUCCACUUAUCGUGCUUCUACCAUUAAGCCAGCAACUGCAGAUCAAGGUCCCAAGAGAAAUGUGCCUGAUGAGCCCGAGAAAAAGAUUACUGAAAUUACACAACUAGAUCAAAGUAAAUCAACAACUCUUCCAGAACUCAGAAUUAAAACAAAAACUUUAUCUGAAAGAGUUGAAGCUAAAAUAGCUACCAAAGACCCAGUGAAGAAAGAACUUGAAAGCAGAACUUCUCAAGUUUCUGAUGGCACAAAACCAACCAAUGAAAAAUCACCUAGCACUAGUGAGGACAAUCAUGUCAUCGAGAAGACUGUGGUGGUGCUCGAAGACAAUGUGGUUGCUGCACCUACUGUCCAGCAACCCGAUGAGAUAAUAGGCAAGAAAGAAAGAUCUCAUGGAGAUGGUUCAGUUAUAGUUUAUGCAUUUACUCAUGCACCACCUUCAUCUAUUACUAUAAGUCAGGUUGGGGAUUCUAGUCAAAGCAAGCUGGAUGAACUGCAGAAUCACCCAGAGGUUGUCAUUCCUCAGCCAAGGAGUGAACCUCCUAAAUUUGUAGGCUCAACUUCAAUGGAAAAGCCUUAUGAAGCCCCUUAUGCCAAGUUAAGCUCCUUUGACGAUCCUAUGAACACUAUUUCACAGUAUGAUGGUGGUCUAUCUGCAACGGAUUCUGAAACAGUUGCACUGCAUGUUGAGGAUGCUAUGGUUCGUGUCUCCAAUUUUGAGGUUCUGGAUUCAGGGCAUCAAACUCAUGAAACACUUGAGAAGCCUCGAAGCAAGGAAGCAAAAGGUUUUAGAAAGCUGCUGAAAUUUGGCCGGAAGGGCCACAACUCAACUUCAGCUGAAGGUAAUCAGGAUUCAGAUACUACUUUGGAUGAUCAAGCUAUUGCUGCCACUUCCUCCAAUGAUGUUUCACGGUCUUUUUCCAUCCUUUCACCAUUCCGAAGCAGGAACAGUGAGAAGAAACAGGCGGUGGCAUGAGCAGCCGGAGAAUGAAUAUGCAUGAAGAGCAGGAAGAGAGUGAUCUAUUUCUGCCAGGCAGGUAAACACAUGGAUUGGGAUAUUUUGGUUCUCUUAGGAGUCGCACAUCAUUGUUCUAUAGUCAUAGUAAAGCUUGUGUUAUUUAUUCCCUACUGUCAAUAUUGUUGUUUGCUGCAUUCUUAUACCCUUUGUUUGUAGAAGAAUUAAUUAUGGUUUGCUAUUCAAAUUUGUUUCUUGAAGCACUCAAUAUGUAUUGUUCAAAGAUCUACUAAAAGAACUUGGCGCAAUUGUACAUUGAUUGCAA